UACAAACUGGUGCAAUGUAUUUCAAUGGUAAUUUGACAUUAUCUACUUAUUUUAAACGCACAAACCCGUUUGACUUUGCAAUGUACUUUAAAAAAUUUAUCCUACAGAUCACAUAUGUACAUAAAAAUACAUACAUAAAUGUUCAUAAAGAUACACAGGGAUUUUUCAUUACAGCAAUGUCCUUAAUAGCAAAAGACUAUAAAUAACCAAAAUGGUCAUCCAUAUGGGUCUGAAUAAACUAUGGUGCAUCCCAAAAUGGAAUACUAUAUUAUGAUAAAAACAUAAUCCCCAAGAUAGUCAAAAAAGCAAAUCAAAAAGCAAUGUGGACAGCUCUCUCAUUACUGUUUGUAUGCAUAGGAUAUUUCUGGAAGGAGACACAAGAAAUGAAUAACAGUAGUUGCCCUGAGGAGCAAGACUGAGAGUUGAAAUCAAAUGGAGAUUUGCUUUUCACUGACCUUCCUGUAAACAUGAAACUUUUUUCCAUGUACAUUACUUUUGCAGUUGAACAAAAACUAGUUAACUUUUAAAAAUGAGUAUAGUCAUCAUUUAUCAUUACAUCCCUAUCAGAAAAGCAGAAGGAGGCAUACCAACUGAAAAUUCUAAGAGAAAUAAUGCUAGCCUAUCACUGCAGCUUAAAGGGCCAAAAUGGAUGUCCUAAAGCAAAGAUAGUCUUUGGUCCUUAAAGAACUCUUCUGUCUUCCACUCCUCUAGACAGUGAUAAGAACCACAGGGACUAAGCACAUGAGUUAUCUUUCGAGAUCUCACAUUAUCCAGGUAUUAACUCCAGAGCCUCUAAAACAAGAGCUGUUCUUCCCUCCAUCUGCAGAAGCAUAAGAGUGCACUUAUACUUGGUGUGUUGGUUUAAGAUGAGGAUUUUGGGGGAAGAAUGAAGAGAAGGGACUGAUGGACACAUUUUGUGUUUUUUUUUUUUUUUUUUUUUUUUUUUUUUUUUGAGAUGGAGUCUCGCACUGUCACCCAGGCUGGAGUGCAGUGGCGCGAUCUCUGCUCAUUGCAACCUCCGCCUCCUGGGUUCAAGCAAUUCUCCUGCCUCAGCCUCCCAAGUAGCUGGGAUUAGAGGUAUGUGCCACCGUACCUGCCUAAUUUUUGUAUUUUUAGUAGAGACAGGGUUUCUCCAUGUUGGCCAGGCUGGUCUCGAACUCCUGAUCUAGUGAUCCACCUCCCAAAGUGCUGGGAUUGUAGGCAUGAGCCACCAUGUCCGGCCUGGAUCUACUGUAUAAUGCUCUCCUGGUCCUAAUGAUAUCUUUGGGCAACUUAUUUCUUUGUUUUUCCCUUUCAUCUUGACACCUUAUAUAUAAAUUCACUUUACAAUUCACAAAGCACAGUUCUGCUUACUCAUUAAUUCUCCUAGCCACCUCAUAGACUGGUAUUACAAUACCAUUUUAGAUGAGUUUCAGAGGGGUUUCCUUGUCCCACAAAUAUUAGUCUCAUGUCCUGGCACCCCCCGUUGAAGUCUCCAAACCUGAUGUUUUCUACUCUGUGACUUUCUCUCUUCAUUCCUGCUCAAUCUCCCUGCACCAGCACCCGAUUCCAUUUUAUUCCAGUCAACACAAAACACCUGUGUUCUUAUGUGCUGUGAUUCUAAGACAGUGACAGAGGAAAUUAUUUAAGGACCAAGGACAGGAUAUGUUUUUCCUUCUGGGGACAGAUUUGAGCUAGUUGCUUUUUAAAUAUUGUUCCUUUGUUAUUCUGCCUGAUAAAGUAGAGGGCCUUAUAAACAGGAUCUCACCAGUAUUGAAUACCUACUAUGCUAUGAUGUUGUCAAGACACUUUAUUCAUUUUAUCUCACUUACCCUGUAAAAGCAGGCUCUAUAAUCUCCACAAUACAAAUGAGUUGAUAGAAAUUUAGUGAAGACAAGUCAGUUGUUUACUGUCAUAUAGCUCCUAUGUUCCCAUGUUGAAUAAGGAUUCAAACUCCAGUAUCUGGCUCUGCAUCCUGUGGUACAUUACACCAUGUUGUCCAACAAACAUAGCUCUCAGGGUUACAUCGUUUGUUAAAGUGGUUAAAAACCCCAAUCAAAGGCCACGUGGAAGUUCUUAAGCAGGGGUAGGUUAUGCCAGAAAAAGAGUAGCUACUAUUCAGCUAAUUUUCUCAUAUUUACCCAGUCUUUCCCGUCUCUAAAAUAAAAAUGAAUCUAAGUUCCAGAGAAAACAAAUGGGGGCAGUGUGAACCAAGGAAAUGAAUAAUAAUAAGCAGAAGGGAAAGGCAGCCUCUGCUGAUUGGGAGGUAGUCCCAGGAGGUCCGCCUUCUGCAGUUGCCAAGCAACGAGUGUAAACAGCACAAGAUCAUGGCCACUAACUACAGUGCCAACCAGUAUGAAAAGGCUUUCUCAUCCAAGUAUCUGCAGAACUGGUCUCCGGCUAAGCCAACAAAAGAGAGCAUCUCUUCUCAUGAAGGCUACACUCAAAUUAUUGCCAAUGAUCGUGGUCAUCUACUGCCUUCUGUGCCCCGUUCCAAGGCAAAUCCUUGGGGUUGCUUCAUGGGCACCUGGCAAAUGCCUCUGAAGAUACCCCCUGCUCGGGUGACCCUGACCUCCCGUACAACUGCUGGUGCUGCCUCCCUCACCAAAUGGAUACAGAAAAAUUCUGAUUUACUCAAGGCCUCCAAUGGGCUGCGUCCUGAAAUCUUAGGCAAGCCCCAUGAUCCAGACAGUCAGAAGAAACUCAGGAAGAAGUCUAUCACAAAGACUGUACAACAAGCACUAAGUCCAACCAUAAUUCCAAGCUCCCCAGCUGCCAACCUCAAUUCCCCAGAUGAUCUCCGAAGCUCACACCCCUCUGCAGGUCAUACUCCAGGUCCCCAAAGCCCAGCCAAAUCCUAAGAGCCCACCUGGAAGUCCACGUAUGCUAGAACUCUGGGCAGGGCCUAAUCUAGCUGAGGUCCAGAAAUACAAACCUGGAAUUUCAUAUGGACCAAGUGGCCACAUACUGAAAAACCUGUAUAGCGACCGAGUGAAAUAAACAAGAGCCCCCAGUCAGAACUGUGAAACAGGGAAAUUUUGGGGUGGGAGUAAAAACAAAUUUGGAAAAUAAACUUUUUUUGUUGAAUCUUUUACGAAUCUGGAUUUUCCACUCUUGCUAUGGCUGCCUCUUGUAACCCAAUUAGGAGAAGGAAGGUGGGGGAAAAUAAAGCAGGGAAAAGAACAUACAGUGGUUUGGGUGGAACACAUUUUUACAAGAAUUGAGUCAGUUAUACUCCAGAAAUGACCAAGAGAAGGUUGGUCUGAAUCAUGGAAAAAGGGUAGAACCUCAAAGAACCAGUCCCUCAACCCUAUCCACUUAUUUUUUAUCCUAAGCAUGCACAACUAACAACUACAAAAUCAGAAGUAGAAUUGUUGAGUAGAGUAUGUAUAUGUGUGUUUGGAGAAGGUGGGGAAGAAAAGGUAGGGAAAACCAAAGUAGAAGAUACUAUGCUUUUGUAAGACUUCCUAUCUAAGCCCAAGUACAAAUAUAGUUUGAAAAUUGAAGAUAUUAAAGUGAUUGGAAGACAGACAAAGAAAGAUGGUAAGUAGAAAUUUAAGGCAGAAUAACAAACAUGACGCUGUCACACCCCACCCACCCACUACCAUGCUUCAAUCACCCAAAUGGUAGGAAACCACCAAAAAAUUCAACUGCCCUACCCAUUUUCCAGCCUGUAACAUCUGUUUAUCAUUGACCCCAUUUUACAUUUUCCUGGCACUGGCUGUUAAAUUCAAUGCCCUUGCCAAACCUUUCCCCAUACCAAUGACAAAGUGUUCUCUCAUGAUCACUUGUCCCUCAUUCCAAGGACAAAGUAGAGAACAGCUGG